AUGAAUGUUGCAAGUUCUAUGUCACUUGGUCGAUCUGCUCCUGUUGCGAUUGAACUUCCCGAUGAACUUAAACUCUAUAUUGCUAGAGAAUUGUAUAAUAACAGCGUAGAGACGAGCGACCAUGAGAACAUGCGAGACCUUGUAUCAUUAAGCAUGUCGUCCAAAUCUUGGCGUCUUGCUUCUCUUCCCUACCUCUACUACCACUGUGGAAUUGGGGGACGUGGAAACUUCGCGACUGAAAAUUGGCUUAAUCGCAUUCUUCCUCGAUAUGGCCACUUCGAGAGGGAAUCUAUGGAGCUUGAGCAAAGAGGUUCCUCUAGUCCAUGGGAGAAUGCCAGGGAUGAUUUAGUUGCUCAAUUGAUUGCUAACCUCACCAACCUUUCGACAAUCAAGCUUACUAUGUUACUAUGUGUUGUUCCUCCUGGAUUAAGCGAAUGCUCUUGCGUCAAUCGUUUUGGAGCAACAGUUCAAGCCUUUGAAGGUCGCGACUUCCAAUCAAUGUCCUUUCACGGUAUUGCGACAGCUUUUUGCCCACGGCUGGCUCGGGCAGUCUUCAUACCUUCCGCAAAUUCGCUACGUUCAAUCUGUUUUGGUGACGAGAUUGACGGCUAUCCGUCUCUGAACCAGCCGUUUGACAGUAUUUGUCAGUUACCAGCGCUUGCCCGUGCGACCUUUGCCGCAGCGUCAUUUCAUGCCCACAGCAUCGAGUCAUUACCCUGGGUAUGUCCGCUCGAAACAAUCACAAUAUUCAAUCAAACAAUGGAUCAAAUUCUACAGCCCCUUCCAGUCGAGCAGAUAAGCACAUUCCUGCGAAAUUUUUCUUCCAGCCUCCAGUCAUUUGUUCUACACGAUGUGGCUAUUAACCAGCAGGUUGGCGCCCAAAGUCAACCAUUACCUGACCUUCCAUGCUUGGUCAAUUUAGCUCUACAGAGCACACGUAAUUCUACGUUCCGGACCUUAAAUACCCUAGAAGCUCAUCUAUUUGAGCACUUGUCGAUCACCGUUACCCCGGCUGUUGAGCCCAGUCCACUAUUGAAUACUCUAUCAAAGGGCGCCUUCCCUAAAUUGAAGACAAUCGAAAUUUGUUUCAAUCCUCGUAACACUUGGGCAACCCCAGCCCGCUGGGACUCUAGUUCAAGGAUUGCAAUUCAGAAAGCUUGCGAUGCAAGAUUUAUCAAGUUGACAGUGUUUGAGAACAAGCGCCAAGUGAGUUUAUCUAAUUAA